AUCGCCGCUUCCUUACAUUGCUGUGGAGUGCGCCUGUGUGGCCAGCGCUUGGUGUGCACCAACCCUGGGAGUGACCAAUGCCAUGUCCCUGGAGGUGUUCAAGGCCAGGUUGGAUGGGGCCCUGGGCAGACUGGUCUGGUAUUAAAUGUGGAGGUUGGUGGCCUAUGUGUGGCAGGGGGUUGGAGAUUCGUGAUCCUUGAGGUCCCUUCCAAUCCUGGCUGUUCUGUGAUUUGCGCUUUGUUUUGGUGACUGCUGUUCAGGAAGCUGGUUUGUGGUGCUGUGCUGCUUCUUGUUCGGUAUUUCAGCUGUUCUUUGAGUUGGUACUGCUGUACGCUUUCAGAAGUUACUGCUGAAUGAGGCAGCGGCAUGCUAGCCCUUGGCAACAAGCUCACUCAAAGAGAUUUGGAUCGAUGGCAAGUUGACUGUGAGUCAGUAGUGUGCCCAGGCUGCCUGCAAGGCCAACCGUAGUCUGGGGUGCAUCAACCACGAUGCUGCUGCUAGCCAAUCAAGGGAAGUGAUUGUCCUGCAUUGGUGUGGCUUUACCUUGAGUAGCAUAUGUAGUUUUGGGCACCACAGUUCAAAGGACAUAAAACUAUUAGAGAGCCUCUGAAGAAGAGCUACAAAGAUGGUGAGUGUUCUAGAGAAGAAAAUAUAUGAGAAGUCUCAUGGUUUGUUCUUCCUGGAGAAGGGAAAACUGAGAGAAGACCCCAUUGCGGCUGAUGGCUUCCUCACAAGGGGCAGGCACUGAUCUCUUCUCUGCUGCCUGUGAUAGGAUCUGAGGGAAUGGCAUUGAGCUGCAAGAGGAUAGAGUCGGGCUGGACACUGUGGAAAAGGUUCUUCACUAAUAGGGUAGUUGGGCACUGAAACAGUUUCCUCAAGGUGGUGGUCAUGGCACCAACGUUGCUGUUGUUAUUCAAGUGUCUGGACAGUGCUCUCAGACAUAUGGUCUGGUUUUUAGGUGAUCCUGUUUGAAGCCAGGAGUUGGACUUGAUGAUUUUUAUGGGUCCCUUCCAGUGUGGGUAUUCUGAUACUGUAUUUCUCUCCCUCUGCCAGGAUGGCAAUGGGACUGUAGCUGGAAGGAGCUGGCAGGGGCUGCGCAGCUCACAUGCCCUCAGGGGCUGCAGCCUCUUUGCCAGCGCUAUCCUUGUGGCCUCCUCCAGACCUGGGGCAUAGCUCUUCCUGCAAGGCACCUACCAGGAAAUCUGCUUUCUGCAUCCUAUGGUGGAGCAGAGCUUGGCUGUGUACCUCUUUUACCUGCACUGGCUUUUUGCCUGCACCAUCCUCCCAGGGCUGUGCAGGUGGCAGUAGGAGCACUGCUGGCGCUGUGCAGGCAGCAAGGCUUUUCCUGGUCUCACAGGUCUCAGCUAGGUGCUGUGCUCCUGCACAGUGACUCUGUGUCCAUGUAAGUGCUUUAGGGCACAGCCCUCUGUCAGAGAAAGAUAAAAUGAUAGCUUCUUGCAUUAAUGUUGAAAAUGAGAGAUUUGUGGGAUGCCUGUUCUUCCUCGGAUUAGGAAGUUAGAUUAACUGCAGCAAGGCUUCUGGUCAGGUUUAUUUUGUAGCGCUUCUGUAAAUUCAGUAUCUGUUAACAGGAAAGUGUUGUGUACUUGCCUUGAACAAGUUAGUUCCCACUGUUGUAUGGCUGUUGUUUGUCACUGGGAGAGCAAAAAAAAAAUAGUAGAGACUUGCGUUAAGUUUCAAGCUCUCCAUGCGGAGGCAAUGCUGUAUCUUCUACUUGUUUUGUUCUUCUUUUUUCAUAAAUUUUUAAAUAACUAAGGUGUUUAAUAUCUUGUAUCUUACCAUUAAAAACAAAUAAAGAAAUCCUUGGCAGCUCAUUCAGUGCCACUGCAUGGAAAUGUGCCAUAUGAGAGGAGACUGUGCGAAGUGGCAGAAAUGGGUGUAAUGCUUCCUCUGCUUGCAAAAAUAUUAUGGCCUUCCAUUAUUUAUCUAGCAGAAUGGGGGCAAUAGAAGGCUUUUUCUUUUUUUAAAGCACCAGGGCUUUAAAUGGAAGUAAGGCUUUUUAAUGGAAGUAAUACUUAGUGGGGGUUAUUAAACACAAAGAUUUUAUGUUUGGCACAGGAAAGCAAAUAUGAGCUGUAAAUUUCUUGGUAUGUUCAGCUAGUCUUUUGCAUUUCUUUGUGCUUGCCCUGUGUUUUUGUCUUAAUUACAUGCUUGAACUUGGGAGUUCUAGCUUCUGACUAAUGGGCCCAGCUGGAGGAGAUGGACCUUUUGUCGUACUCAGUGAUCCUCCUCAGAUCCUUAAGCCCACAGUUGGAUGUGGAUGUAGGUGGGCUAUGUGGCUGUGACUUGGCUCAGAACUUCCUUUGGGUAGCCUGUGUUUUUGGAAGCUCUUGUGUAAGAGAGCAGAAGGAAGCAUUUUUCCUUGUUCUUUUUCUGGCAUGUAUUGUAAGCGAUUGGUUGCUAUGAGAGUGGUCAUGCUAACUAAGUGUCUGAUUCUAUUUGAACCUAGACAUGCAAAUUGUUUAUUUUGUUGCCUCUCUCAUCCAUGGAUUUUAGCUAAGUAAUGACCUAGGAAGAGGUUGUGUAUGUGUUUUUCUCUUUAAAGCAGUGCUUGAAUUUUUAUUUUCAUAUAAGAAUAAAAACUCUAUCUCUGAAAUGCCUUUGGAGCUACCACUAAACUAUAACAAAUAUCCCAACUUCUAUUUUAGUUGGAAGCUGACAUCAUUUGGCAGAUGCUACACAAUGAUUGUGUCAGGUUCUUCAAAUUUCCAUUCUAAUAAACGGAGUACUGUUAGCAGUAAUUGGGAAAUGUAACAAGACCUGAAUACUCUGUUCUGGGCUUUUUGUUUUGGUGCCAGCUCACUUAGGGUGCUGUGGUGCAAAUCUGUGUCAUGGUUCUAUGUUUUUUUUGUUUUUGCUGUGUCCGUGCUGUGGCCCUAGGGCCAGUACGGGUGGGACAGGGUAUAAAGAACAUCCUCUAUACUGCUGCUGGAGAGAACGGUCCCACUUGGAGUUUGUGGCAAAGAGCCUCAGGAGAGACCCGAGGCCGACCCCUGGGAUUCUGGAGUCGAGCCUACAGGGGGUCGGAAGAGGGCUACACUCCAACUGAGAAGGAGAUCUUAGCUGCUUAUGAGGGGGUUCGGGCUGCUUCUGAAGUAGUCGGUACUGACACACAGCUCCUUCUGGCACCUCGACUGCCAGUGCUGAACUGGAUGUUUAAAGGAAAGGUUCCCUCCACCCAUCAUGCAACUGAUGCCACUUGGAGCAAGUGGAUUGCACUGAUUACACAACGAGCAUGGAUGGGGAACCUCAGCCGUCCAGGAAUCCUAGAGGUCAUCAUGGACUGGCCUGAAGAUGGAUCGUGUCGUAUUGUGGGAAAGCAUCACAGAUGGAAAUCUGCUGUGUGGAGCCCCACACGACAAGUUGCAGAGGCCACUGAAGGGAAAGGAGAAUCAAGCCAAUUUGCAGAGGUAAAGGCUGUCCAACUGGCCUUGGAUGUCGCUGAGCGGGAGAGGUGGCCAAUGCUCUAUCUCUACACUGACUCAUGGAUGGUAGCAAAUGCAUUAUGGGGGUGGUUACAGCAGUGGGAGCAAAAUAACUGGCAAAGAAGGGGUAAACCUAUUUGGGCUGCUGAACUGUGGAAAGACGUUGCUGCCCCAACAAAGAAUAUGGUUGUGAAGGUGCGCCAUGUAGAUGCUCAUGUGCCCAAGAGUCGGGCUACUGAAGAACAGCAAAACAACCAUCAGGUAGACCGAGCUGCCAGAAUUGAGGUGGCUCAAAUAGACCUGGACUGGCAGAACAAAGGUGAAUUAUUUUUAGCUUGAUGGGCCCAUGAGACCUCAGGUCAUCAAGGGAGAGACGCAACAUACAAAUGGGCUAGAGACCGAGGGGUGCACUUAACUAUGGAUGCCAUUGCACAGGUUAUUCAUAACUGAAACAUGUGCCAUCAUCACACAAGCCAAGAGGAUGAAACCUCUGUGGGGGGAAGUGCGAUGGCAAAAGUACAAAUAUGGGGAGGCAUGGCAGGUUAAUUAUAUCACCUUGCCACGAUCUCGCAAUGGUAAGCAUUAUGUGCUUACUAUGGUGGAGGAAACCACUGGGUGGCUAGAAACAUAUGCAGUACCCCAUGCUACCGCCCGAAACACCAUACUGGGUCUCGAGAAAUAAGUCCUGUGGCGACAUGGCACCCCAGAAAGGAUUGAGUCAGAUAAUGGGACUCAUUUCAAAAAUUCUCUUGUAAAUACUUGGGCCAAAGAUCAUGGCAUCGAGUGGAUUUACCAUAUUCCCUAUCAUGCUCCAGCCUCUGGUAAAAUUGAAUGAUACAAUGGAUUGUUAAAAACGAUGCUAAAAGCAGUGGGUGGCGGAACAUUUAAGCACUGGGAGAAGCAUUUGGCAGAAGCCACCUGGUUAGUCAAUACCAGAGGAUCUAUCAGUCGUGAUGGUCCUAAUCAAUCCAGUUCCCUACAUACCGUAGAGGGAGAUAAAGUCCCCGUUGUACAUGUAAAGAACAUGUUAGGAAAGGCGGUUUGGGUUCUUCCAGCUUCUGGAAAAGGGCAAACCUCUCCUUGGUACAGUUUUUGCCCAGGGACCAGGAUCCACUUGGUGGGUAAUGCAGAAGAAUGGGGAUGUUCAAUGUGUACCACAAGGAAACUUGAUGCCGGGGGAGUGCAGUUACUAAUUCUAUGUAUAUGCAUAUAACCAUGUGUGUGUAAUGCAUUUUAAUCAUUUUUUUUUUUGUUUUGUUUGUAUAUAUGUAUGUAUAUAUUAAGCAUGAUGUAACGAUGUAGAAUAAGGGGUGGAAUGUCAUGGUUCUAUGUUUUUUUUUUUGUUUUGUUUUG